GUGAUCAUUGAGAGGUAUAACGGAGAGAAGCAGCUGCCCAUCCUGGACAAGAUCAAGUUCCUGGUUCCGGACCACGUGAACAUGGGGGAACUCAUUAAGAUCAUCAGGCGGCGCCUCCAGCUGAACAGCAACCAGGCCUUCUUCCUGCUGGUCAACGGGCAGAGCAUGGUGUCCGUGUCAGCGCCCAUCUCCGAGGUGUACGAGCGCGAGCGGGACGCGGACGGCUACCUCUACACGCUGUACGCCUCCCAGGAGACGUUCGGCGCCGCUGCCCCGUGACCCCGCCCCUCCUCCUCUCGGCCCUGGCGAUAAGAGACUCUGGUAGUUUCCUGUCGCACCCCUUUCUUCCUCAUUCCCUCGCCUCUUUUAGACUCGUAGGUACAGAGUGACGGACGGAGCGUUGGACCUGAAGAGCAGCUGUAGUCGACGAUGUUUCCUGUCAGCGCUGUAGCUCCGCCCCUUCUCAGCUGUGUUUAAAUAAAGAUCCACCUGAACAGUUUUAAAUAUUAACUCAUCAAAGCUUGCCUUAUUUUACUGGAGACUUUUUUUUUGCUUCAGAUUAGAUCUUUAACGUCUCCGCCUCUGUCCCGUCAGGGUCCUGUUUUUAUUUUAUUUUAUUUUUUUAUAUUUUCCCUCCCAAGCUUGAAGCAUCUUUCCUGAAACAACUUCCUGCUCCUGGAACAGAUGAUUGUAGUUUACAGGAAGUGUAUAAAUGCUGAACAAACCUGCAGAUGUUUGAGCAACACCAAGUAGAUUUUCAGUUUUAACUCCCCCUGAGGCGCCAGGUUUGAGUCUUUUAUUUUGUUAGUUGUUUUUUUUUAAGCGUCGGAGCUUCACACUUCCUGUCUGGUUAUCCUGGUCCUCUCCAAUUAUCUCAAGGUUUAGCUGCUUUAUAUCAAAGUAUUAUUGUUGUUUUUUUAAUAUUAAAUGUAAUUUUAUUUGAUUAUAAAACAUGUCUUUUGUUGUUGACUUGUUUUGUUACGGAGGGGCGGAGCUUCUUGCCCCGCCUCCUGCUCCAGUCAACAUCACACAGCCUCCUUCACAUGUUUAUCUUGGUAUUUUGGUAACAAUAAAAAGGGAAAAAUA